GAAUUUCAGCCAUCACAUUACAUCACUUCAAUAUAUUCAGAUAAUCAUCCAAGAAUUUAUUCACUACACGAUGAUCAACUCUACCUCACUAUGUUGAUCAUCCUUACUUUGAUCACCCUUACUGUCAAUGAAGCUUCACCGUAGUUAACUCUACCAUCAACUUCCUUCCGUUCACCGCCUUCGAAUCACUUUAUAUUUAACUAUGAAAUUCAAACUGACUUUUCCUCUUCCAAACAAAGUUGUCGCGAAUCUUACAGAACCAGAACCUUUAUUCGAAGUUCAUGCUCUCACCAUUUCAAACUCUCCUUACUUAAUGUGCGAACCAAUAUAUCUGGGCGAAGAGCGCUUUCAACGCUGGCCUUCCCCAGGCAAUCUUGCUGAACCUCAUCAGCUCGAAUUCUCUCUCGCAAUCGUGAGAAAUCGCAUGAAUCAAUUUCCCUUCACUAUUACAUUUCCAUCAGAUCUUUACCGCGAUAUCAAGAAGUCACAGAGGAUGCGCGACAAGAUGCCAGAUGUCAAUCUCGCAGAUAUGUCUGGAGACAAUUCUAUCGAUGGCAUUCCUUGGCCCGACUUUCACGAUAUCGAAAACCCGCCAAUUUCUGAAGAUCAAAUGGAAAGUAUUGGAUACCAUAUUGACUUAAUGGAGUCCGAACUCCUUGGUCCGAUUAAAGGCCCUACAAUAAUUGAUGAGGAUUUCAUCGUUCAAAAGCUUGGAUUGAAUCAAAAGAGAACAAAAGAAGAACCUUUUGAAGAUAUUCCCUUCAAUUUAUUUGAACUUAAAUUCUUCGAGGCAAGAGUUCAAAGUUUUGAUUCUGCUAUGAGAGCUGGAGAAGGACCACAAUUACCAGAAUGGACACAUCAAGGUUUUGAUAUUAAUGAAGAAGAAGAUAUGGCCUUAUUAGACCGUGAAGAAAUUAAAAAAGGUCUUCGAAACUACGACGCUAGCUAUCGCGCAAAUUAUUUUAAUCCCGAUUUUGCACCCGAAAAGAGAUUAGGUUCAUCGAAGAAGCCAGGUGCUAUGACGAACUGGUAUCGAAAAGGUCCUGUAGGACGUGGUAGAAACCCUCCUCCAAAACCUCGACAAGAUGCUGCGGAAAGAAUGUCCCAAGAUCAUAUAUGGCUCCUCCAGGAAGAUAACCUAGCUUCUGCCAAAGAUAAAGAGGAUACUGAGAUGAGUGGAAUGAACAUGAGUGGUAAAGGAAAUGUCGUCAGUGUGGGAGCUAUUGGAAUGAAUGCUACGAUUGAUGUUUCUGGUCCUUCGGGAUUCAAUUCUAGUUUCUCUCAAACGAACACUUUAACCGGUACCUCUGGUCCUUCGGGAUUCAAUUCCGGACUUGGUCAAAUAAACACUAUGAACAAUACCCCUGGUCCUUCUGGCUACAAGUCUAGCUUUGUUGGUGCAAAUACCGCCAACAACUCUGCUGGUCCUUCUGGAUAUAAUUCUGGAGCUGCUUCAAGAGUUAUACCUGCGAAUACAUCAGUCACCGCCACCAAUAAUACACUGGGCUCCUCUACAUACAAUCCUAGAACUUUUUCAAGCGCCGCCUCUAUCAAUGUACCAAUGGCUUCUAUUAUUAGUGCGCCAGGUCCUCCAGCACAUAAUUCCGGUUCCAUUGCAAAGAACAUUGCAAAUGCCACACCAGGUUCUUCUGGGGACAAUUCUGAAACUAUCAGAGCUAACAGUUUGAGCAGUACGGCAGUUCCUUCGGGAUAUACUUCUAGGCCUGACGGAAAUAACUCGAUGAAUGCUGCGGCAAAUCCUUCUAGACACAACACCCUGUCAACUCCGACUCCAAGAGAAACUGUUAGCACGAGAGGAAUCGAUGGAACGAAUGCCAUGAGCGAAUCUUCAAACUCUUUCCCAGGUUACAAUCAAGGAUAUACUAAGUCUUCAGCCGAGCCCGUCAGACAUAAUUAUGUUAAAUCUUUCCCGACACACGACGCAUCUAUCCCACCAAACAUAAACCCUCACACCAUCAGCGAAGUCCAAUCUCGAGAAAUUACUCACGAACCCAAUAUUUCCACUAUAGCCGUAGUCACACCCGUACACGUACCAGCACCCGCACCAGCACCCACAAGUGGAGAGAUCUUCCAAACAACAUCUACAACCCAAAAUCUCGGUAUGGAGAAUCUCGUUCCCGUCAACAAAAAGAUGGCUGCUAGAGACGAAAAAGAUAAAGAUUGGCAGCCAGGGCAGAAACCAAAAACAAAAGCCACCAGAAAAACUACUGUACCCGAAGCUGCAACUGACAAUCCAACUCCGUCCAAAACAAUCAAUCGAGAAAUUGCUACUCCCAGAACUAGGAAGCCAAAGACUAUUAAUCCUAUUGUCGCUAGUUCCAUAGUUACCAGCCAUACAGCUAUCAGUCCCACAGUUGCAACACCCAAUCUCAUCAAGUCAGCUGCCGUUCCGAAAACUAGGAAUUCUAGAGCCGCUACUCCCAAAACUGCCGGUCCCAAAUCUGCUGUGUCUAAGGCCACUACUCCCAUGAUUACUACUCCCAUGACUGCAACUCCCAGGACUACUACCCCCAGGACCAUUACCACUAGAGCUAACACUCCUAAGACUUCCACUACCAAAAGCGCAACUCCCAAAACUUCUGCUACCAGAGCCAAGGCAUCUAAAUCCAGCACCCCCAAGUCUUCCUCAUUUACUUCAACUCCCACUCUCAAACCACCUAUCACCAGAAACUCCUCGCUCAAAAAGAGUAUUUCAGAAGAAAGUGCCGAUGGUACAUGGGAACCUGAUGAGGACUACUGAUUUUGUUUAGCUUUCCACACUUUUCUCUUUGGAGUUUCUCAUUUUGAUCUGGUGCUUCAUUCCUAAGAUCUCGAUGAUAUUAUAUCCUGCUUUGGUUUGGGUUGGUAGAUGGAUUCCAACAAAUUUUUGCAAGGUGUUGGAUUAUGAAAGAGAGAAUGGAAGGAAGUAAGGGUCUAACAUAUAGAAUGAGUUCAUGAGUUGAUGAGGAUUUUUUUUGAGCAAGCACUACCCAAGUACCUACUUAAUACAGCUAAUCUGCUCGGCUUUUGGUGAUGACA